GCUUUGGGGAGAAAAAGGAAAAAAAUAAAAUCUUUAAAAAAAAAAAACAACAAACAAAAAAAAGUAUUUGCCAGGAAAAGAGCUAACCCAGUAUAUUUAAAGAGGGGAUAAAAGGAGAAUUAUACAUUGUAAUGUCAGUCUGCGUUGCAUUCUCCUACCUGGGGUAAGCUCCAUGAUAUAGGGAUUUUCAUCUAUUUUGGUCACCACUGUAUGCGCAACAUCUAGAAAAAAUACCUAGCAAAUAGUAAACACACUAUAAAUAUUGAAUUAAUAAGAAGAAAACAAACAAAUAUCAGUUUCCUGUAUGGACAAAGAAAAUGAAAUCCCUCUGCUUUCCAUGGGUAUUUAGUAAUUUGGGGUCCUUUCACAGCUCACAGACCCAUGAAAAUCCCCAACAACUCCAACGCCAUCACUGGCUUCAUCCUCCUGGGCUUCCCUUGCCCCAGGGAGGGGCAGAUCCUCCUCUUUCUGCUCUUCUCUGUUGUCUACCUCCUGACCCUCAUGGGCAAUGGUUCCAUCAUCUGUGCUGUGCGCUGGGAUCAGAGACUCCACACCCCCAUGUACAUCCUGCUCGCCAACUUCUCCUUCCUGGAGAUCUGCUACGUCACCUCCACUGUCCCCAACAUGUUGGCCAACUUCCUCUCUGACACCAAGGUGAUCUCCUUCUCGGGGUGCUUUCUCCAGUUCUACUUUUUCUUCUCCUUGGGUUCUACAGAAUGCUUUUUCUUGACUAUUAUGGCAUUUGAUCGAUAUCUCGCCAUCUGCCAGCCUCUCCAUUACCCUACUUAUAUGACUGGACGUCUCUGCACCAAUCUUGUGGUCAGCUGCUGGGCACUUGGUUUCCUCUGGUACCUGAUUCCCAUCGUCAUUAUCUCUCAGAUGUCCUUCUGUGGAUCGAGGAUUAUCGACCACUUCCUGUGUGACCCAGAUCCUCUUUUAGCACUGGCUUGCGAGAAGGCUCCUGGGGUAGAGCUUGUCUUCUCCACUUUAAGUGCUGUGCCCAUCGUCAUUCUCUUUGUCCUCAUCAUGGGAUCCUAUGUUCUGGUCCUAAAAGCUGUACUGAAAGUCCCUUCAGCAGCUGGGAGAAGAAAGGCUUUCUCCACCUGUGGGUCUCAUCUGGCUGUGGUUUCACUGUUCUAUGGCUCAGUACUGGUCAUGUAUGGGAGCUCAGUAACUGAGCAAGAAGCUGGAACACAGAAGAUCGUGACUCUGUUUUACUCUGUCGUGACGCCACUCCUUAACCCUAUGAUAUAUAGUCUUAGGAACAAAGAUAUAAAAAAGGCCCUGAAGAAAUUUCUGAGAAUAUAAAAAGUGUUCAUCAAAAAGGCUUUUGGGCUCUUAGAGCCCAAAAU